AUGGACAAGAUAUUGCAAUUAUUUUGUAGAUUGAAACAAACUUUUUUAAUUAAUAACAUAAAUAAUAUUAUCUUAAAGCCACAGCAAGUUAAAUGUUUCGAGCAUCUUUUAAAUGGAUAUGAUGUUAUUGGUGUUUUACCUACUGGAUUUGGGAAAUCCUUGUUGUUUCAUUUGUUGGCAGACUUUUUGCCAAGAAAGAGUGUCCAAAAUAUAGUAUUGGUGGUGUGCCCUCUUAAUUCUAUCAUAGAGGACCAGUUGAAAGUUUUAGAAGUGAGAGGUAUUGGUGCUGGGGUGCUUCAUUUGGAGCAAACAGUUGUGCCUGAAAAAUUGUUUUCGUGUGAUGAGAAUGGUGAGCCUAAAAUACCAAUUUCAAUUGAAAAUGGCGAAUUAAAACUAGUAUUUGCUAACCCAGAAUCUCUGCUUAGUGUCAGAGGACGAGAAUUGCUAAAAAGUUCUGUUUACCAAGAAAAUGUUGUCAGUUCUGUUAUAGAUGAAGCACAUUGUGCAAGCAUGUGGGGUGAGGAUUUCCGAAAACUUUUUAGCGAGUUGUCUACGUUAAAGGCACUUUUCCCAGAUGCUGUUACAUUGGCUGUAACCGCUACUGCUACACCAGACACUGCAGAAUAUUUGAUUAAAUCGCUCGCCCUUAUUACACGCCCAAACUCUAACUUGGGUUUGAAAGGAUUUGAAGUUAUUCUCAAACCGUUGGCUGAAAAAUUAAACGUGCAAAGAGAACACUAUCCCAUGACAAUAAUUUACAUGCAUUUAAGAUAUUGUGGGUAUGGGUACAAAUUAUUUGAAAAUGUUAUAAGAAAUCAUUAUGUUGGUGACAAUAUUUGUCCUAGAGUAAGAUUGUUUGCACAGUUUCAUGCUUCUUGUACUACACAAAUGAAAGAGGAUAUAUUGAAGGAGUUAAAGAAGUCAGAUUCACGAAUUAGAGUAGUAUUUGCUACAACUGCUCUAGGUAUGGGUGUUGAUGCUCCAAAUAUAUCUAAUAUUAUUCACAUAAGUCCUCCAUCAACAUUAGAGUCAUUUGUGCAAGAAAUUGGAAGAGGAGGAAGAAAUGGUGUAGCUUGUGAUUCACUUUUAUAUUUCAACAAUUCUGAUUUGGCAUCUAAGUAUAUAAGUGAGUCAAUGAAAAAAUACUGUGUAUGGGAUAGAUGUCUCAGAGUAUUUUUGCUAAACUAUUUUGGAUUUAAGAGUAAAACUCAGAUUAACUGUUGCAAGAACUGUAAUGUUGGUGCUGAUUCUACAAUUGAUAUCAAAUUAAACGCACUUGACGACAAUAAGAAGAUAGCACGCAACAUAUAUGGGGCUGAUAUGGAGAUGCUUAAAGUAGAAUUGUUAAAAACGGUUGAAGAUAUCAAUUUUUAUGAAAACGUGAUGUUUCCUUUCCACAGUAAAAUUAACACUAACAUUGUAAAUGAAAUCCUGAGAGAAUUGUGA